AUGACCCAUUGUGUGCACCUGCUGCAGAACACUCGUCCUCAUAGGGCACCCAUCAGAGUGGCUAAUGGACUUGUGGUCUAUUCAGAGCUUGUGGGGGAGAUAGUGCUUAGGCCACUGAUCCAUGGACAUGCCAGGAGCCGGUCUGUCAUCCUCUCCAAUGUGCUCUAUGUCCCUGCUCUGUCACACAAUCUGAUCUCCACUACAUACCUGUCAGUUCACCAUGACUACACUGUGCUCAUGAAGGAAAACUACAUCUUAUUCAAGCGCAAUGGUGAAGUGUACUUUGUGGCAGACAUCUCAGAGCAGGGUCAGGCAUUUGUGAGAGAGACUGUCAUGGAUAAAGAGCUAGUUACUGGUGUGAGGCUUGCCUCUGCUAGGAAGCCAGACCCCAUCUGUGAGCCAUGCCUCUUUGGCAAGCUGAAUGCUGGCCUGUUUCCUUCAACUGGUCAUCGUUCUGGAGCGCCUCUUGAUCUCAUUCACUCUGAUCUAAAGAGCUACUCUGUGCCCACCCGCGAGGGCUGGAAGCACAGGGUGACUUUUGUUGAUGAUCACACUGGCUUCAAGGUAGCAUACCACAUGAAGAACAAGAGUGAGACAUUUGCAGCCCUUAAGAUGUUUCAAGCGUAUGCUGAGACUCACUGGGGGCUCAAGAUCAAGGCAUUCCAGGACAAUAAAGGGGGAGAGUACAUGUCUAAUGAGUUCAGAUCACAUCUGGACAAGUGUGGCAUUGUGCACCGCCAUUCAGUCAGGGCACGGCCUCAGCAGAAUGGGACAGCAGAGCGGUCUAACCGCACCGUUGAUGAGCACUCCACUGCCAUGUUACACGAAGCCAACCUGCCCCCUGCAUUCAGGGCACUGGCGGUGUCUGCAUACAUCCAUGUGUGCAACAUGCACCCCACAGCUCGAGACCCCACCAGGACUCCCCAUGAGCUGUGGUUCAAGGCUAAGCCUGAUGUGUCACAUCUUCGUGUUUGGGGAUGCCUUGCCUAUGUGCAUGUGCAAAGAGACAAGAGAGGUCCUUCUGGGCAUCAUGUCCAGAAGUGUAUCUUUGUAGGCUAUCCUGCAGGGUACAAGGGAUGGUUGUUCUUCAACCCAGAGACCCGGAAACUCGUUAUCGCUGAGAGAGCAGUGUUUGAUGAGCGCUACUUCCCAGGCAGCACCCCUCAAGCUAUGAGGAGCUGUCCUGCGGCACCCCCCUCCUCCAUGCUGGUGGAUCCCCCUUGUGCUCCGGCACCGGUGUAUGUCCCUGAGAACGAUGGUGAUGAUGAGCAGCAACAGCCGCCUGCUCGUCCUCUCCCUGCACCACGAGUCCCAUCUCCUGCAGCCAGCAGUGAUGAUGAAAUCGACUUCUUGCAUCAAGCUCCACCACCUCCAUCUCCACCACUAGCUGGGGAUGCCCCGCUUCACCCUCUACCCUCGCCUCCUCCUCCCCAAUCUCCUAUUGGGGUGGCAGCUCGUCGUGCUGCUGCUGGCAUCCAUCGUGUCCCUGCACCACCCAGGAGGGCUCCAGCUCCGGCUGCUGCUCCUCCCAGGCGCACCAUGGCAGAGAUCUUUGAAGAGAUCCCUGAAGACCUCAGCGACGAUGAGCUGCUUCUGAAGUCAUCCUCUGCCCUUAUUGUGGCUCGCGAGGGUGACCCCUCAGAUCCCAAGCUGGCAGCAGCUCACGCCACUGCAGUGCAGUCCGCGUUGUCUGCUAUAGCCUCUGGGAACCCCCGGUCGUUCUUUGAAGCGUCCAAGCAGGAGGAUGGUCCACUAUGGCGCGCUGCAGCUGCAUCUGAGAUUGACUCUCUGCUCAGCAACUGCACAUGGGAUGUGGUCGACUUGCCACAAGGGGUCAAGCCAAUCCGCUCUCAAUGGGUGUUUGUGAUCAAACACAAGUCUGAUGGCACUGUGGAACGCUACAAAGCCAGACUCGGGGCAGAUGGUCGUGGCCAGCGCUAUGGCAUUGACUACCACGAGGUGUUUGCCCCCACCUUCCGCCCUGCUACUCUGCGCGUCAUCCUUGCGCUUGCAGCCCAGAACAACCUCAAGCUGCGCUCCAUCGACUUCUCUUCUGCCUAUCUGAAUGGGGACCUGGAUGAGGAUGUCUACAUGACUCAGCCAGAAGGGUUCCCCCAGGGAGAGAAGGGCCAGGUCCUGAAGCUGAACCGGUCCAUCUAUGGACUGAAGCAGGCUGGCCGCUAG